AUGAACGAGAAAGAGUCGUCUGACCAAGUGAGCCCGCUCGCUCCUACUCGCCGGACCGAGCGGUCGGGCACGCUCUCGCGUAUCAACCGCAAGGUCGAGACUUCUUCAGGCGGGGAGAUGCCCUUUGGGUACGGGAUGCAGCCGAUCCGGAAGCAAGUCAGCUUGCCGCCUGGCGUGGGGCCGUUCGGGGGUAGUGCGCCAAGUGGGGAAGACGCAGAGUUGGGCUUGAUGGCUGUGCGGAGUCUAGAGGAGGAGCUGCAGCGGGAGAGUGAGAGGGAGAGGAAAGGGCCUGAUCCGUUCGCUGUCAGAUUUGAGCCGGGAGAGGCGGCAAACCCCAAGAACUGGGGUGUAGGCUACCGGUGGAUGUUGACAGCUAUCGCCGGCCUUCUCGUCCUCAACUCGACCUUUGCGUCGUCCGCACCAUCCGGUAUCGUCCAGCCCCUGAUCGAGCAAUUCCAAUUCUCCGAGGAGAUUGCGGUUCUCACAAUCUCCCUCUUUGUCGCCGGAUACUGCCUCGGCCCGCUCCUCUGGGGUCCGCUAUCCGAGGCAUACGGUCGUCGGCCCAUCUUCAUCAUCUCCUUCGUCUUCUAUACGGGAUUUCAGGUCGGAUGCGCCCUUAGCCCAAAUACAGCCAGUAUCCUGGUUUUCCGCUUCCUCGGCGGAACGUUUGCGUCUGCGCCAUUGACGAAUUCUGGCGCGUUGAUUGCGGAUAUCUGGGACACGGACCACCGAGGACAGGCCAUGUCGCUGUUUAGUAUCGCGCCGUUCGCGGGGCCAAGUCUGGGGCCGAUCAUUUCUGGCUACAUCCAGGUCACCGAGACUUCCUGGAGAUGGGUCUUCUGGAUAUUGACACUCUUCGCCGGGGCCUGUUUGCUCGUCAUCAUCUUUGUCGUCCCCGAGACCUACGCUCCCGCGAUCCUCACCGCCAAAGCCGUCCGGAUGCGUAAAGAGACUGGUGAUGAUCGGUAUUAUGCUCCUCUCGAAAGAGCCGACCGGAGCUUCAAGCAGACCCUCCACAAUAUCCUCGCCAAACCAUUCAUCAUGCUCGUCCGCGAGCCGAUGCUGCUCGCGAUCACGCUGUACAUGUCUUUCGUGUAUGGUGUAGUGUAUCUGCUGUUCGAAGCCUUCCCCUUCGUUUUCGUCAACGUUCACGGCUUCAACGCAGGUGAAAACGGCCUCGCCUUCCUCGGACUGCUAUGCGGUGGAGUGAUUUGCGUCUUCAUCUACAUCUUCCUCGUUGAGCCUCGAUACCAGCGACACGUAGCCAAGCGCGCACCCCUGCCACCCCUCCCUGAAAAACGGCUCGAACUCUCAGUCAUCACAGCCUGGUGUCUCGUCAUCGCCAUGUUCUGGUUUGGCUGGACGGGCGCAUAUGAGAGUAUCCACUGGAUCAGUCCCGUCCUCGCUGCCGGGCUCCUCGGCAUUGGGAUUCUCGGGAUGUUCGUCACACUCUUCAACUACAUCAUCGAUGUCUACCUUUGGUCCGCUGCCUCAGCGCUCGCGGCGGCUACAGUCUGUCGAUCCGUCUUCGGCGCGGGCUUCCCGCUGUUCGCGGGACAGAUGUAUACGAGGCUCGGGACGCAAUGGGCGUCCUCUUUGCUUGGUUUCCUGGCGUUGCUCAUGGCACCGAUCCCGUUGGUAUUGAUGAAGUAUGGUGCGACGUUGAGGAAGCGGAGCAAGUACUCGCCUUCACGCGGGGACUAG